UCUUAACUGUCACGUUGGCACUUUCCCAUUUCGUGUAAAAGUUGUAUUGUAUAAAUUCCAAAAGGGCGCCCUUCCAGAGGGGGAAAAACCAUGCCAGUCAUCAAGUUGCAGUCCUCCGAUGGCGAAAUUUUCGACACCGAUUCCGAGACUGCGAAAUGUUCGAGCACCAUUAAAACCCUGCUGGAGGAUUGUGCACUGGAGGCGGAGAAUGACCCACUUAUUCCGCUGCCCAAUGUGAAUUCGACGAUUCUGAAAAAGGUUCUCAUUUGGGCCAAGCACCAUAAGGGCGAUAAUGAGGAGGAAGCUGAGGGGGAGGCGUCCCGGCCAAUGGUGGAUAUCAGUGCCUGGGAUGCCGAGUUCCUGGCCAUGGAUCAGGGCACUCUCUUCGAGCUCAUCCUGGCGGCCAACUACUUGGAUAUCAGGAAUCUCCUUAAUGCCGCCUGCAUGACGGUGGCCAAUAUGAUAAAGGGCCACACGGCGGAGGAGAUUCGCCAGACCUUUCACAUUGCCAACGAUUUUUCGCCCUCGGAAGAGGAUUUACGGCCCGCGGAGACCGAAGUUCCGGAGGAGGAUGAGAUAACCGAGUAUGGCGAUUUAUAAAUUCGGAGUGACUGGCUUAAUAAAUAUUU